AUGGCCUUCAGGAUGAAGCGAGUUGGCGAAGAUGCAUCGAUAAGCCAUCAUACGGAUAUCUCCGGACACAACAGAAUAACGAGUUUCUCGAAGCCGAAUCUGGCAUCAAGCGACACCCUUGAGACUCUGCUUAGAUCCGACCGCGCGGAUUCGUCGAGACAUUCAGCGAUCAGAAGAUAUCGAUGCACUGGACAGUGGGUGUGGGAGAUCCUCGCAGUUGUCUUCAGCACUGUAUGUCUCGUCGUCGUCACAGCCGCUUUACUAGUGAUGAAUGACAGAAGACUCAUGGAUUGGAAGCUCCCAAUAUCCCCAAACGCACUCGUAUCCAUUUUCGUCACCCUCUCUAAGUCUUCACUUCUGAUGCUUACUGCGGAGGGAAUCAGCCAGCUCAAAUGGAAGUACUUAGCGGAGACCACACGCCGUCUAUACGACCUGCAAAUAUUUGACGAUGCCAGUCGCGGACCGUGGGGUGCCUUAAAACUGCUUAUCACUUGCAAGUCUAAGCCAGCCCUAGCAUACAUUGGAGCAAUAAUCACUGUCGUCGCACUUGCAAUGGAUCCUUUUGCCCAACAGAUUCUGGAGUCUCGAUCCGUCAUGAUGGCUUCUGCAGAUGACAUGGCUGUAAUUCGAACAGCCACGGCCUAUGAAGUCGCCGUCCGUGAAGGAAGCGGGCCCUCAGCUUUUGCCGGUAUCGACUUAAUACUGAACAUGACAAAUUCCAUCUACGCUGGCAUGUUUCAUGGAACAUCCAAAUCCCAAGUCGAACAUAUCUGCUCGACGGCCAAUUGUACAUGGGAUACUUUUCAGAGUCUCGGAGUCUGCAGUCAAUGUACAAACGAAACCGACCUCGCAACCGGAACGUGUCUGUCAUCAAACAUUACUGGAUCAGCUGGCCUUGUAACAAACACCGAGCAGAACUGCACCUACACGACUCCAAAUGGCACAGCUCUCGAGGCAAGCACAUCAUACGAUCCAGAUACCCGGGCUCACAAUAGUACUGUGCUGCAAACAGUAGUAGAGAGCCAAGCUUUAGUCGAUGGAAACCUGAGCGCUCGAUUGGCUACUAUCUCGAUUAUUCGCUUGGGACCCCAGCUGGAAUGGUACCUCCCAUGGCCAGCUAUCUACACCUGCGAGAUCAGCCCCUGUCAAAAGAUGUUCCUCCCAUCCGUGAUCAAUGGGUCACUAUUUGAUACCGUCAUUGACGAGCAGCCGACGAAUUUCUCACACUGUCACUCCGAAACUGAUGCUUCUCAUUGUGCUGCUCUCCCAAUGGGCGAGACUUCGAACAUGAGCACGAUAGAAGACCCGAGCGCAAUGUGGAUCAGCACCGAAGCCAUCACAUCAAUGCGAACACUCAUCAAGACUCUACUGACCCACACGAACAGCAACAUCGGCAUGAAGCGACUUGCCGCCAGCCCCGGAGCACUGAUGACCAGCAUGCUAUGGAAACUCAACAACGGCAACAUCAUGCAAACCAUCGACGACAUCGCGACCGCAAUGACAAAUCAAAUUCGCGAGGGUCCAAAUUCCACCUGGGUCCAAGGCAAGGCGAUGACUCCGACRGUCGUCGUGCACGUGAAUUGGUGGUUCUUCUCACUGCCUGUCAUGGUGCUUUUACUGGCGGUCACAUUUUUGGUCACGUUGAUUUUGACGUCUAGAGAUGCAAAUACACCUGUGUGGAAGUCCUCGAUUCUUGGAAUGGUGUUUCUUCAGCUUGAUGUGCGGACCCUGGGAGAUCGUAACGUCGUUUCUUUGCACGAGAUGGAACUUGCUGCCAUGGAAACGGAGGUUUCUAUCCGACGAGAUAUAGUCACGUAG